UCGGGCCCCUCCCUGCCGCGCUGCUCCGCAGGUUUCGGUGUGCUGGCAGCGAUGAAGGCUGGGAUGUCGCUGGUGGGAAGCCAAGGCGUUGUCUCGGCCACUGAGGUCCUCCUGGUGGCUGCUGUCUUCUGCCUGGUCUUCCUCCUUGUGCAGUCCCUCCAGAAGCACGUGCCCAAGGGUCUGAAGAGCCCCCCAGGACCCAGAGGCUACCCCAUCCUGGGCAACGUGCUGGAGCUGAGGAAGGACACGCACCUGGUCCUGACCAGCCUGAGCCAGAAGUAUGGGGACGUGAUGGAGAUCAGGAUUGGCACCCGUCCCGUCGUGGUGCUGAGCGGCUUGGACACCAUCAAGCAAGCCCUGGUGAAGCAAGGGGAGGAGUUUAUGGGGCGCCCUGACCUCCACAGCUUCAAGUACAUUUCAAACGGCCACAGCCUGGCCUUCAACCCUGACUCGGGGGAGGUGUGGAGAGCCCGCAGAAAGCUGGCCCAGAACGCCCUCAAGACCUUCUCCAUCACUUCCAGCCCCACCUCUGCUUCCACCUGCCUCCUGGAGGAGCAUGUCUCCAAGGAGGCUGAGUACCUGGUCACCAAGUUCCUCGAGGUGAUGGGUGAGAAGAAGAGCUUUGACCCUAACCAGUACCUGGUGGUGUCGGUGGCGAACGUCAUCUGCGCCAUGUGCUUCGGCAAGCGUUACGACCACAGCGACCAGGAGCUGCUCGAUGUGGUGAGCUUCAACAACGACUUUGGGGAUGUGGCUGCCUCUGGCCAUCCUGCUGACUUCAUCCCCCUGCUCCAAUACCUUCCCAGCCGCACCAUGCAGCUCUUUAAGGACAUCAAUAGGCGCUUCAAUGUCUUUGUGCAUAAGAUUGUCCAGGAGCAUUACGCCACCUUUGAUAAGGAGCUCAUCCGGGACAUCACAGACUCACUGAUUGAGCACUGCCAAGAGAAGACUGCUGGGGAGAACGCCCAAGUCCCAGUCUCCAACGAGAAAAUCAUUGGCAUCGUCUAUGACCUCUUUGGGGCAGGCUUUGACACUGUAACCACUGCCCUGUCCUGGAGCCUCAUGUAUGCUGCCUUAUACCCUGACAUCCAGAAGAAGAUCCAGGAAGAACUAGACCAGAGCAUUGGCCGGGAGAGGAGACCGAGGCUGUCGGACCGGAGCAUCCUGCCCUACACGGAGGCCUUCAUCCUGGAGAUGUUCAGGCACUCCUCCUUCCUGCCCUUCACCAUCCCACACAGUACGACAAAAGCGGCGGUGCUGAACGGCUAUUACAUCCCCAAGGACACCUGCAUCUUUGUCAACCAGUGGCAAGUCAACCACGAUGAGAAGCUGUGGAAGGAUCCUUCAACCUUCAAGCCCGAGCGGUUCCUCAACGCCGCGGGGACUGAAUUAAACAGGACGGAGGGCGACAAAGUGCUGGCUUUUGGCUUGGGGAAGAGGCGCUGCAUUGGGGAGACCAUCGGCCGCUGGGAGGUCUUCCUCUUCUUUGCCAUCCUGCUGCAGCAGCUGGAGUUCAGCCUGGUGCCGGGGCAGAAGGUGGACAUCACUCCUCAGUACGGGCUGACAAUGAAGUACAAGAAGUGCGAGCUCUUCCAGAUCAAGAAGCGGCCCCCCGUGAAGAGCUCUCCCUAAGGCACAGCAGGAAGCUUGGCUCCGCAGAAGCAAGGCAGCCCUUGGAACUGGACACUCAGCCUGCUCCUGCUGACGCUCUGCAGAAGCCAGCACAGCCUCUCGUUUGUGUUGCUUCGCUGCGGGCUUGUUCAUCUCCUGGAAAAGCAGACGGGGAGGGAUAAAGCCGGCUUUGUCGGGCUCCUCCUAGCCUCCCCGGCCAGCUCCGCUGCCCUUCCCCGCAAAAAAAAACAACCCUCACAAGAAGUCCAGGCUGCUCAUCCUUCUCUGGGAGGUCCAGCCCUGUGCUGGGGAAAAAGGCUCUUCGGGCUGGGAUACCUGGAGGAGUGUCCUCACCCUGUCGUGGGUGGCUCCCUUCAUAGGUGGCUGAGGACUUGUCCCUGGAGGUGUUUGAGGCCAGGCUGGCUGAGGCUGAGGUGUCCCUGCUCAUAGCACGGGGGUUGGAACUGGCUGAUCCUUGUGCUCCCUUCCCACCCUGCUUGCUUCUGUGAUCCACCAAACCAGAGCAAACCUGCGGGUUGCUCCCUGAGACACCUGGCCAGCCUUUUCCCAUGGGAUGAAAGUCUUCCAGCCUCCUUUGGCAGAGCUAAACCCUUCAGCUCCUCAUGCUGAUGGCAGCAGGCUCUUCCUGUUGCUCCAGCUGCCUUCUUGAAGGGCUCUUGAGGUGACACAGGGGCCAAACCCACCCUUGUGCCACCACCUGUCUCGAGUGGACCCGUUCCGGGCACACCCUCACACAGUGAAUGUAGACCCAUGGAAUGAUUCCCUGAGUGCUUCUACCAAUCCUUGCUGAGAUUCUCCUGGAGAAAAGGAAUCAAAUGUGUCCAUAUCCAUAUUUAGCACUGGGAGGAGCUGAGUUGGCUCAAGUCCUCCCAGGAAACCUCCCAGCAGACACCAAAGGGCUGAGAAGCAGGGACAAGCAGCACCAAGAGGCACAAACAGUAGAAUCACUUCUGGCUUUCAGACUCUGUAUUUACUGCCUCCUUUUUUUUAAAACUAUAUUUUUUUCCUCUCUCUCUUUCCUUUUUUUAAGCUAGAAAUAAGUUUCUAUAUCCAGCCUGGUAAGAGGAGCAAGGGUUUGAGGGCUGCAGGAGACUCAUGGUCUGCUUCAGCCAGCCUGGAGGGAGAAAUCAAAGCAGCAAUUCCUGCUCCUUUGGACCCAGGUGGAAUGUUUCUGUAAGCUGGGACAUGAACUGCACAGUCUGUCUAAAACCCAAUAAAGGCUUCUCUGAAUGUUC